AUGUCUUCCUCCGCGAAAGCAGGACCCUCGGCGCCAGCCGAGAAGAAACCGCCCAACAGCUUGGUAAUGAGGAUGAAGUCGGUACUGCAGAGAAAGGACGGCUCCAAGAGGUUAUCAUUCCUGAGACUAGCAGGCGCCUCAGGAGAGUCGUCGUCCGCUGGACUAAGUACACCGGCGACAAGCGCUGUCGCUACGCCGCCCGUUGCUGUUGAAGAAGUCAACGUAUCUCCAGAAGUACCCCAGCCCAAGAGGAUUUUCCGCUCCGAUGUCCUCGCUGAACGGGCCCGCAAGCUCGGCGAGCGUUUCCAGGUCAACAUCGAGCCCUAUGAGGUCCUGGGGCCGAGUACCGAUAGGGAGGUGUAUCGUGUCGAGAAGCCCGUCCGCAUGCGUGUCCACCGCUCGUGUCACAGAUGUAGCACCGUAUUUGGGGGAAAUAGGACAUGCACGUCGUGCGAGCAUACCAGGUGUACCAAAUGUCCUCGAUUUCCUCCGAAGAAACCAGAGGGUAAGGGCAAGGAGAAGCAGCCCAAGCCCCUUUCGGAGCCGGUGGGCGGUAUCGAGGUUGACCACUACUGGAAUUUGGCGGAUGGAUUGACGAUGACGUUAACGAAACCGAAUCCGAGACCAGGUGGCCAGCCAUUGGUGAGGAAGAAGCCUGUUCAGCGAGUGAGAAGGACGUGUUGCGGAUGUACGACGACAUAUCAGGCCAACUCGAAGAUCUGCACCGGUUGUUCCCAUGUCCGUUGUGUAGACUGUCCUAGGGAUCCAGCAAAGAAAAAGAACUACCCCAACGGCUACCCUGGAGAUGCCCCAUCCAGCGACACUAGUAAACCUGUCAAAUACACCUGCCAUUUAUGCACCAAAGCAUACCCUCCCGUCCCCCACCCCGACAGCGACGAAGGCAAAGCCCAAGGCCCCGGAACCAAACCAGCAUGCGUACGCUGCGGCCACGAAAGAUGCGAACGGUGCCCUCGAGCCGCGCCCAGAAAAGUCGAACCGGACCCAGAUCCAGAAAUCAUGAGGAUGAUCGAGGCGAAGCUCGCAGAGCUGAAUAUCGACACGGCAAGAAGCUCAGCUGCAGCAGUGAGAUGA